CGCAACCAUCGUAGGCUCUCCCCAGCACUAGAGCAGCUGCGUCGGCCUCAGCGUCUGCAUAACACCUGAACGCCUACAAAACAGAGCGAGUUCUGCUUCAUCCGACGACGAUCCUCCGUCAGCCUAAGUUACUCGCGUAGUGCAAAGUGUCGUGUCUCGGCCGUCGCCACCGACCGGCUGGCAGUGUCUCGUGCAUUUUACCUGUACGGCAUCGUAAUAAGCACGAGCCACGGGGUGAUCGUCGCAAUAUCAUAGAAUAAAAUCAGUACUACUCGGUUAGGAUCGGUUCAUUCCUUAGCGAGAUCAUAGGUAGUAGAUACCAACGGUUUUCGCUUUCAUCGUGUAACGCGCGUGCCAGAUAGAUCCUCUAUAAAAAAAAUAGUGUGUUUCGUUCGAAGUCGCGUGCGUGGCCAGCUCGAGUUCUAACGAGAGCUUGCUGUAGUUUCUUCCUACUUCCCGGUUAGUUUCGAGUGGAUUUUGCAGCUGGAUAGUAAACAUUGAAGUGAAUCUCGAAGAUACUGGCAGGUGACCAAACAAUUGGAUACAUUCAUUUCGUGCCGAGCAGUUCAAUAAAUAUUGUGACACACGAGAGUGUAGUUUUCAACCAAUCGCCCUCCUUUGAGAGGUGCUUGCAAACGUGAUUUUUUGCAUUUAAAACAAGUAAUUUAACCCGUCAGAUGUAAUAAUAGCUGCUCUGGAUACAAAUUAGUUUACUGCCUUCGGUGAUAAGUGAUAUCCUCGGCACUGGUGCAAGUUUAAGUGAAAACAACGUGACGCCAUCUAGGCGGAAGAUAAUCCAUUUCUCUAAAUUGCCAAAUUGCAUCUGUGUAGUGAAUCGAGUUUCUUUCAAUAAUUCAUUACCCAAAGCAAAGCAUCGGUCGUUAAAAUGCGUUCCAUGAUUCAUAUCAGUGCCAUCGUAUGUGUGUUGUUUAUUGCUGUUGAAAUUUUCGUCACUGCGGAACCAGCUAAUGACAUAACGACUGAGGUCCCCAGAGCAACCACCCGAGCAAACCUAGCCAACGAAACCGAGUUCGUUGAUACGACACUACUCAUUAAGGAGUACCAGAGCGCAAACCCUGCGGACAAUGAUUCGGCCAGUUCGGAUAGCGGUAACAGCACGGGCACGACGACGGAUGAACCCAAUAUCAGCAGCACCAGCACCAGCCGUAACAGCGAGAGCACAACAGCCAGCGAGAACGUCACCGAAUCGAGUGCAGCGGCGGAUAACAAAACGAUGACCCCGGAGGAGAUCCAGCGGCUACUGCUACCGCCAGCCAAGGUCGAGGCCAGCAUACUGCACCUCAACGCGUCGGAUGAGGUGCACGAGAAGAAUACCAAAGAAUCGGACUGCCCAGCGCUGGAUGAAGCCAACAAACUGUCCCAAACACAGCUGCUUUCGCGGUUAACACAUGGUUGCCGAUACGACCGUCUGGAACGACCAAUGGCAUAUUCCGAGAGUGGCGCAAAACUCCCAGUGCAGGUAUUUGCGCGAGCCUAUAUUUACUUUUUGCAGAAUCUGGAAGCUCACGAUCUGCAAUUCAAAAUCCACGCACUGCUUCAGCUACGCUACGUUGAUUCACGACUGGUCUUCAAAAAGGUCGCACCAAACCGAACUGAACCUAUUAUGGGAGAGCAAUCGCUGAGGGAUGUUCUAUGGGUGCCACACGUGUUUCUUGCCAACGAACGCAGUUCUGAUAUUCUGGGAACGGCUGAAAAGGACAUUUUGACUUCAGUGUCACCGGACGGCACUGUGAUUAUUUCAACGAGGAUAAGUGCAACGUUGUACUGUUGGAUGAAUCUGCAAAAGUUUCCAUUCGACGAACAGCAUUGCUCAACAAUUCUGGAAAGCUGGAUGUACAACGAAGCUGAUCUCACUCUGAAAUGGGAAAAGAAAUCUCCAGUUACGCUAGCACCGGAACUUCAUCUGACUGAAUACGUGCUUUUGGACAUGUUUACGAACGAAACGAUGAUUAACGCUGACUUGAGUGAUCUCCGUCAUGGGGCUUUUGCUGGUAAUUAUAGCUCUCUUAGCUUUACCGUACAUCUUGCCCGCGAGAUGGGUUUCUACCUGAUGGAUUACUUCAUACCCUCAAUCAUGUUGGUUGCGAUCUCAUGGGUCACAUUUUGGCUACAAGCUGAUCAAUCGGCACCUCGAAUAACUCUUGGAACUAGUACUAUGUUAACGUUUAUCACGUUGGCCUCUGCGCAGGGUAAAACGCUUCCAAAGGUCAGUUAUAUCAAAGCUUCGGAAAUUUGGUUCCUUGGAUGUACUGGCUUCAUCUUCGGUAGCUUAGUGGAGUUUGCUUUCGUUAAUACGAUCUGGCGAAGGAAGAGGAAUGUAGAGCUGAAGAAAAAGAAUAGCAAGUAUAUUUUAAGAUCCACGCUUACGCCACUCCCGUCUCGCAAAAAUGUCAGUGGAGGGCUUCACAAAUCUCACUCAUGCACCAGCCUGGAUGCUCAGUCUACGAUAACUGCUUCAAAUAAUUCUUAUAACAACUAUCUGACUGUACAUUCAUUUCCUUCGAAAACCAAUUCCUUGCUACCGACCAUUACAACUUCCAGUGCAGACUCUGUUGACAACCAUAAUGGAAAUGUAUCCAUAAGAAUUGAAGAUACUUCAUUACCGAACUCUGAUGGCAAAAAGACCAACGAGCUAUCGAACGUGAAUGGUAAUGGAUGGACGACGAUGACGCCGCAAGAAAUUGCUAUUUGGAUAGAUAAACGAUCGCGAUUUUUAUUUCCAGUUUGUUUCUUGGUUUUCAAUAUAUUCUAUUGGUCUUUCGUUUACUAUCUGUAGCGUGUUAGUUUAACUCUUUGGACAAAUAUCUAUUUAUCCUAUAUUCUCCAUGAUUCUGUAAUGACUGCUGAUUAGUUAAUGGUUUGAUACAGUUCUUACGAUAAUAAACUGAACAGAUAGCUAACAAAUCUGAUGUGAGUAAUGCCGUAAACUCCUCAUUGUAAAUAAUAUUGUUUAACAGUAUAUAGAAUUCCUUUCACAGUGCCCGAUACUAGGAAGUAAGAGAAUCAUGUGCAUAUGAUGUAAUAGUUGAACUAUUUAUGUUUGGAGAAAUAUGUUUUUAA